AGCUUUAGCGUUUAAAGAAUCUUUUGAAAAAAAAAACAUUAGAGUUAAUUAAAGUCGCAAUAUUUCAGUGAGAACUUAAAAAUGGAAGGACAAGGGAGUCUUCCACCACAAAUAUCUGCUGAAGCUGAACAAUUAAUUCACGCAGUUGAUGUUGCCUUAUCCCCAGUAGUUUCAGCCGAAGAAAGAAACCAAGCCUACAAUUUGUGUGAAAGAUUCAAAGAAGAAUCACCGUUGUGUGCGAUCGUUGGCCUGCAGCUUGCUGGCUCAGCUAGAAGUCCAACUAUAAGGCAUUUUGGUCUGCAGCUAGUAGAGCACUGCAUUAAAUUCAGAUGGAAAGAUAUGCAUCCCCAAGAAAAGCUCUCGAUUAAAGAUUCUGUGUGGAAGCUUAUGGGAAAUGGCACUGACAUGAGUGACCCUUCAUACAUUAAAGACGGCACUGCUAGAUUGGUAGUGGAAAUGGUAAAACGAGAAUGGCCUCAGCAGUGGCCCAACUUCCUUCAAGAGCUCACCAACCUUUCUCAAAGUGGGAAAGAAUACCAAACUGAGUUGGUGCUUUUAGUUUUACUUCGUUUAGCAGAAGAUGUGGCCGUUUUUCAAUCAGUAGAUGCUGUUAGACGCAGAGAUCUUCAACAGGGACUUACGGCAAAUAUGGCAGAGAUUUUUGAUUUUCUUUCCCGGCUAUUGCGCGUUCAAGUGACCGCCUAUCAUGAUCGGAAGUUGGCCGGAUCUCCUGCUGCACAAUUUUCAUGCCGGCUUGCUCUGUCGGUUAUUACCGUCUUUCAAAGUCACGUCGAAUGGGUUUCAAUCAACCACAUUAUGGCCCACGAAGGGCAACUGCUAGUCCUGCUGUGUACCCUGCUCUCCGACGAAAAUUUUCGAUUACCCGCAGCUGAAUGUCUUCUCCAGAUUAUAAGCCGUAAAGGUCCAGCCAAAGAGAGAUCACCAUUACUCGUUCUCUUUAAUCAAGGAGCCAUAGCUUCAAUGCUUGAAUCUGCACAGUUGGCUUCCGCGCAGCCUCUGACCGAAGUAAACUACAAUUUCUUGAAACGCCUCACUGAAGUCCUAGUUGGAAUGGGCACGCAAUUGUGCAGUCUGUUCGGCAAAGAACCUGAAGUUACGAAACCAGAUACGUUUGCCAUGUAUCUUCAAGCUGUUUUGGCACUGACCCGACAUCAAAGUCUGAGCAUUAAUCAAACGGCUGCCACCUUGUGGGUUGCCCUCUUCAAACACGAUCGUUUAAACACAGAACUGGAACUGCUGGCCGUUAUCGAGGCCUGGAUUGCAAUUGCAGCUCGCAAGUUUGUGAAGACAUCCGUUUGCGCUUAUAACGCGAUGGAUUUUGAUUCCGAUGAAGAGUUCACCGCAUUUCAUCAGCGUCUACGGUCGGAAUUGAUUGACGCCGUACGCCUUGCUACUGCGUUAGCACCAUCCGUGACCUUCUCCUACGCUCACCGAUGGCUACUCAGCCAACUAGAUAAUCCUAAUUCAAUUCUAGCUGAAUGGGAAGCUUUAGCCUUGUUUCUCGAUUCCGUGGCCUGUAAGGCCAAAGAGGCACCAGCCGGGCCCCAACUACUAGAACGCUGUUUGAAUUACCAAUCCAGCGAUCCUUCUAUCCUCUCGGAAUUGUUGUCCUGCAUUUCAGCACUGUUCGUCUACGUCCAGCACGAUUCCCAGCGAUUACUUCAACCAGUUCUCAAUCGCAUAUUUUCUUCAGUCCUUUUUAGCGGACCCGGUCAGUCUAAAGAAAACCGCACCAAGAUAGUCCGCAAUGUUCGCCGACACGCCUGUUCGCUCUUGGUGAAAAUCAGUAUGCAACAUCCCGGUCUACUAGUUCAACAAUUUCAAUAUCUUAAAUCGAAUAUCGAUCGACUCGGCAAAACCCAAGACGAUUCUCAAUUAAGUCGGAUGGAAGUAUUAACCUUGCAAGAAGCCCUACUCAUCAUAUCAAAUCAAUUCACAGAAUUUCAAAUGAAAUGCGAUUUAAUUGGCGAAAUUAUUCGACCAGCAGCGCAACAAUGGACGGCCAUGAGCCCAGCUUUUAAUUCGGCUAAAGAAUUUUUAUCUUUCAUUGGUCUGGACCGGCCACCAUUGGAACCUUCAGUCGAAGAUGUCCAUGGUCGUAAUCGAUCAGAGCUGCUGGCCAGCACGUCGGUGUUCUUGGCUGUUUUGAAACGUUGUCGCACAUCGAUCGAUCCAUUGAAAGGUCAUCCAGCUGCCCAGCACUUGGCCCCUCUGUUAUUCGAUACUUUCCGAUUGGCUCGAGUUCUCCAUCAACUUUGGGAGCCGGAAGCACAAGCUUUGCUAUCUCCUGGCUAUGCAAAAGCACACGAUCUUCUAGAAAGCGAAAUUAUUAAUAUUUUAGCACAAGGAGGGAUGUCACAGUCGGGCAUGCCGGCCUGCAUUUCACAACUGAAUGGCAACGUGCAAAAACAGCAGAGUCCUCUGGAACGUGUUCAAAACUUCCUGGCUCAAAUCCACAAUAAUGUGUUCGUCAUGUUGGGAUCAUUCGGAGAGACUCUUGGCGAUCAGUUUUAUGCAACACCGGGAUUAGCUGUGGCUGUGGCCGGCACCACGUGCGGCCAUGGAAUGGAAUACAUCCCAGAUUGCAGAUUGCGUACGGUCGUCAAAGUCUUUUGUCGACCUUUCAUCAUCUCUUGUCCAGCUCAUCUUCAUCAAUCGGCCAUCUUGCCUUUUCUCGCUCAUUUCCUUCCGGCCAUGUUGCAAAGAUUGGCCGGCCGGUGGCAGCAAACGAUGCAGCAACAGCGCGAUGAGAAUCAGGCCAACCUGCAAGAAAUCCUCUGUGAUGUGAUUGUCCGUCUCGCAACUCGAGAUUACAUUGAACUAUUGAAGAAUGUAAUUUUAACAAUGACCACUCAAUUUCAAGGAGAAGACAAUGACGAAAUGAUGGAUGCAGAAGGUUCAUCUUCAGCUAGCCAAGUGGUUGCUAAUGUCAGCGAGCUGGGCAAGACUGUCCUGUCCGAGCCGAAUUUAUGUGGCCAUUUGCUUCAAUUCUUAUUGAGCGCCCUGUGGUGGCCAGAUUCCGGCAAUUCACUCAAAGCUUCCAAUAUCCUUGAAUCGAUUGUGAAAUAUUGGGCUGGUCUUAUACCAAGGAAUUCGGCACAUUUUCCUUCAAGUGAAGUGGCCUGUCUGUGUCUUUCCCACCUGCUGAAUGGCAUCCAGCUUUUGGGACAGCAUGACGCUAAUCUCAGCUCGUUGAUACAUUUGGGCGUGCUCAUGUACGAUACUUUCUUGCCCAUCUAUCCGGCCGCCAUGUCGGAAUUGAUGAUGAGAAAUGCUGGAUGUAGUCGUGAAGAUGCUGAUCAAUACCAGGACAAGGCUUCUUCGUUGGCCGGUGGACAGAAAUUGAAUCAGAAAAUGGAACGAUCGAAACGGGAACUCUUUCGCAAAAUGACUAGCCAAAUUGUUGGGCAACAUUUGGCCGAUUUAUUCCGUAAGCCGGUGCAACUUGCCAGCCUUCCGAAAAUGGGUUCGCUUAAACCCCGUCCCAAACCGGAUGCCAUUGAUUUGGCGGAUGCUGGACUCGCCGAUUUGUUUAUACAGGAAUGAAUAAAACAAAUACUUGUGAAUGAAAAUUUGAUAA